UGGAGGAGCUCCUCUGCCUCUGUGUAAUAUUAAUAGUCAUGAAUAUCAAUGAUGGUGAGGCGGUGUAGAGCAGAGCUGGAAGGGGCGUCCUAGCAGUCUCAGCCUAGCCUUGGGUGGAAGAGGAGCUUCAAGGAGGACACACAGAGAGGACAAUCCAUACUGCCUGGUCUUGGCCAUUAUUUGAUGGAUGGGCUUGGAUAUAAGUCAAGCAGUGUUCUUGUAGGGCUUCCAUCCUAAAUUAAAGCAUUUGAUUUGAUUUAACUGUUGAAGGCUUCGCCUUGUGUCCAGAUGUUAGUACAUACCUACUCCGCGAUGGACCGCCAUGACGGUGUGCCCGGUCACAGCUCCCGCCUGUCGCAGCUGGGCUCCGUGUCGCAGGGACCCUACUCCAGCGCCCCUCCGCUGUCGCACACGCCUUCCUCGGACUUCCAGCCUCCUUACUUCCCACCGCCCUACCAGCCGCUGCCCUACCACCAGAGCCAGGACCCCUACUCCCACGUCAAUGACCCUUACUCCUUAAAUCCUCUGCAUCAGCCACAGCAGCACCCAUGGGGGCAGCGCCAGAGGCAGGACGUCAGCUCGGACACUGGAUCUCUCUUACCCCAGCCCCGGGCCUCCCUGCCCCAACUGUCGGGACUGGACCACAGGAGGGACUACCACUCAGUCCGCCGGCCAGACGUCCUCCUGCACUCCGCUCACCAUGGCCUGGACUCCGGCAUGGGCGACAGCCUGGCCCUGCAUGGCCUCGGCCACCCGGGGAUGGAGGAUGUGCAGUCAGUGGAAGAUGCUAAUAACGCCAUGAAUCUGCUGGACCAGUCAGUCAUCAAGAAAGUCCCUGUCCCCCCUAAGUCCAUGACCUCGCUGAUGAUGAACAAGGACGGCUUCCUGGGCGGGAUGUCGGUGAACGCCGGGGAAGUCUUCUGCUCGGUGCCCGGACGGCUGUCCUUACUCAGCUCCACAUCCAAAUACAAGGUGACAGUCGGAGAGGUCCAGAGACGCCUGUCUCCUCCGGAGUGUCUGAAUGCGUCUCUCCUGGGAGGUGUCCUGAGGAGGGCCAAGUCCAAAAACGGAGGGAGAUCGUUAAGGGAAAGACUGGAAAAAAUCGGGUUGAAUUUACCGGCUGGAAGACGUAAGGCUGCCAAUGUGACCCUGCUGACAUCCCUGGUGGAAGGUGAAGCUGUCCAUUUAGCCCGGGAUUUUGGCUACAUCUGUGAAACAGAAUUCCCAGCCAAGGCGGUGUCGGAAUACUUGAAUAGACAGCACACCGACCCCACUGAUCUACACUCCAGAAAGAAUAUGCUACUGGCUACAAAGCAACUUUGUAAAGAAUUCACAGAUCUGCUGGCCCAAGACAGGACGCCCAUAGGCAACAGCCGACCAAGUCCUAUCUUGGAACCUGGAAUCCAGAGCUGCUUGACUCACUUUAGUCUCAUCACCCAUGGUUUUGGCGCGCCAGCCAUCUGUGCAGCUCUCACAGCUCUCCAAAACUACCUUACCGAGGCCCUGAAGGGCAUGGACAAGAUGUUUUUAAACAAUAACACUAACAGGCACACAUCUGGAGAACCUGUGAGUAAAAACGGUGACAAGGAAGAAAAACACCGAAAAUGAAAACGGGACAUCGUUUAUUUGACAUCUUUCAUUUUAGCUUUAAAAUAAAAAAAUA